CGAGUGCGUACUGUGCAUGUCGCGCACUACACGAAGUUGUGCUCCACCAGACUUCGCGCUCUCGAGGCAACUGGCACGCAGUCGACACGCUCAUGGCGGAAACGUCUGACCACCCUCUGGACGACUCGUUGUAUGACCCAGACGAGGAGGAAACAAAAUUCAUGAAAGCCGUGACUGGCAUCGACGGUGAUCGGGAGCUCAAACAACAUGUCAUCUCGGUCCAGGCGAAGGCAUUCAAGAGAUACCAGUAUCCCUAUAUUCGCAUCUUCGAGUUCAUGCGACUGAAAAUGGCGCGUUUGCCAGCCUACCCCGAUCUGUUGAGAUUAGGAAGGGAACGACCAGACGCAGUGCUCCUUGAUAUGGGCUGCUGUUUUGGGAACGAUGUCCGUAAAGCAGCUCUGGACGGCUUCCCCGCACAAAACAUAGUCGCAUGCGACUUGAACAAGGACUUCUGGAGUCUUGGGCACGAGAUGUUCCGGUCGACUCCCGCCACCUUUCCCGCGCACUUCCUCGAAGGCGACAUCCUAGACCCCGCAUUCCUCUCUCCUGUUGCGCCUCUCCCUACGUCCUCCUCCCCUGCCCAGACCCGUCCGUCUCUCUCUUCCCUAACAUCACUGAACGGGCUUCAUGGGCACGUCUCAGCGAUCUUUGCCGGCGCGUUCUUCCAUCUAUUUUCCUACCCCCAGCAGCACCACAUCGCGCAGCUUCUCGCCGGUCUGCUUUCCCCGCUUCCGGGUUCAGUGCUUUUCGGCGUCCAGGGCGGAACCACCAUUCAGCGCCUAUGGACGCCGGGCCUCGACGGUUGGUCGAUGGAAUGCCACUCACCAGAGAGUUGGAGAGAGCUAUGGGAAGGAGUCUUUGCCGAGGCUGGCGCGAAGGUAGAGGUGAAGGCCAGGUUGCGAAAAGAGAUCGGUGGAGACGAUUUCUUCGGGAUGUGGCCCGGCAACACAGAUCCCUACCAUGUGCUGGAGUGGUCUGUGACAAGAUUGUGAGGGAGCAGAGGUAGUGGUAUUCACUGCGGGGCGCAGGUACGCCCAUAUAAAUUGCUUGGACACCG